AGCGGAAGACCAGGCUCCGGGGCAGCCUCCGUCCCCGCAGGAGCUCUGCCCCGGGCCGCGGGGCACCCUCCGCCAGGCCUCACCUGGGGAACGGAGAGUCCUAGAGGCAGUGAAGCGCCUGAGGCUGCCAAUUGCCCGGGACGCCACCAUCUUGAGCAGAAGACGAAAGUGGGAACCGCUUCAAGUGGGGACAGCCAAGAAAAGGACUUUUCUCCCUGCAGCCUGGUCUCUGCCAGGCGCCCGCCGUACUGCCUGACUAAAACCCAGAUGCCGUGAUGCCGUCGGUCAGUCAAUCCCACCCUUCGCUUCUGGCCGACGGGGCGAAAAGGCUGCUCUCUCCGCCAGAAGGAGGCUCGUGAGGGAGGCGGCGGAGAUCCACCCUUCCAGUCAGGCAGCCGGCGGGCAGCCCGCGCAGCCCGCGCAGUCCGUGGGCGGGGCGCGGAGGGGAGGGGGCCUUUUAGGCAGGGCCCGCCCCUUGGUCCCGCAGAGUCUUGACACUUGGGUCCGAACCUUUCCCCGAGCCGGAGUCUCACCAGGACGCGAGUUAAGAGUUCAGAAUGACUUCCUUCUUGACUUAUACCUUUAAAAAUCUUCCCACUACAUCAAAAUGUGCCCUCAGAUUUUCCAUCAGACCUCUGAGCUGUUCCUCCCGGCUACAGGCUGCCCCAGCUGCCCAGACCAAAUCGAAGAAGACCUUGGCCAAGCCCAACAUAAGGAAUGUCGUGGUGGUAGAUGGUGUUCGCACCCCAUUUUUGCUGUCAGGCACUUUAUAUAAAGACUUGAUGCCCCAUGAUUUGGCUAGAGCAGCGCUUAGGGGAUUGCUUCAUCGGACCAGUGUCCCAAAGGAAACUAUUGAUUAUAUCGUCUUUGGUACAGUGAUUCAGGAGGUGAAAACAAGCAAUGUGGCCAGAGAGGCUGCCCUCGGAGCCGGCUUCUCCGACAAGACUCCUGCCCACACCGUCACCAUGGCCUGCAUCUCUGCCAACCAAGCCAUGACCACAGGUGUUGGCUUAAUUGCUUCCGGCCAGUGUGACGCGGUCGUGGCCGGCGGUGUGGAGUUAAUGUCUGAUGUCCCUAUUCGUCAUUCAAGGAAAAUGAGGAAGAUGAUGCUCGAUCUCAAUAAGGCCAAGACUCUGGGUCAGCGCCUGUCUUUAAUCUCUCAAUUCAGAUUGAAUUUUCUAUCACCCGAGCUCCCUGCCGUGGCCGAGUUCUCCACCAGCGAAACUAUGGGCCACUCCGCAGACCGACUGGCUGCUGCCUUUGCCGUGCCCCGACGGGAACAGGACGAGUACGCGCUGCGCUCCCACAGUCUGGCCAAGAAGGCACAGGAUGAAGGGCUCCUGUCAGACGUGGUGCCCUUCAAAGUGCCAGGAAAAGAUACAGUUACCAAAGAUAAUGGCAUUCGUCCUUCCUCCCUGGAGCAGAUGGCCAAGCUGAGGCCCGCAUUCAUCAAGCCCUAUGGCACAGUGACGGCUGCAAAUUCUUCAUUCCUGACUGAUGGUGCCUCUGCCGUGCUGAUGAUGGCCGAGGAAAAGGCUCUGGCCAUGGGGUACAAGCCCAAGGCCUAUCUGAGGGAUUUUGUAUAUGUAUCUCAGGAUCCAAAAGAUCAACUUUUACUUGGACCAACAUAUGCUACUCCAAAAGUUCUAGAGAGAGCAGGAUUAACAAUGAAUGAUGUUGAUGCUUUUGAAUUUCACGAAGCUUUCUCCGGUCAGAUUUUGGCUAAUUUUAAAGCCAUGGAUUCUGAUUGGUUUGCGCAAAACUACAUGGGCAGAAAAACCAAGGUUGGCCUGCCUCCCAUGGAGAAGUUUAACACCUGGGGCGGAUCGCUGUCCCUGGGGCACCCGUUUGGAGCCACUGGCUGCCGGCUGGUCAUGGCCGCUGCCAACAGGUUACGGAAGGAAGGCGGCCAGUAUGGCCUGGUGGCCGCCUGCGCGGCCGGAGGGCAGGGCCAUGCUAUGAUAGUGGAAGCUUAUCCAAAAUAAUAAAUCAAGAAGAGGUGACCUGAAAUUUUUGUGAAACACUCACACUAGGCAAUGCCAUUUCAAUGCAUUACUAAGUGACAUCUAUAGUUCCCAGCUUCUCUUAAGAAAGCAAAAUUUGUGGCCUUCUGUUAAAUAUUUUCCAGUUAAGCCUUGCCAGUGUUCUGAGCUUUGCAGUAAUCAUGGCUUACUGCUCUUUCAGGGAUUUCUUAGUCACCAGAAUCUUACCCAUUGAUACACUCAAGCUUCUUCUCUUUCUUCUUCUUUUUUUUUUUCUUCUCUAUUUUCAUUAAUGACUAAAUGAGCAGUUGCAAUUUGGGAAAGAAGUUGGCUAAGAUUUGGAAUCAUCUUUUAUAACAUUUGCAAAUUAUACUCAGUCCUAUUUGUGUCCUAAAGAUAAGUGUUUUCUAUAAAAUACAAACCAAUGUGCCUAAAUUAACUUAAAAUAGAAAGAUAAUUCAGAAUCUAAACCACACUGAAAACUAACAGUAAAUGUAUAGCUAUAUAAAUGUCAUCUCAGUCAACUUCAAUAAAGUGGAGAAGUAUAAGAGAA